AUGACUAAUUGUAAGCCACAUCAGGGUUCUAUAUCAACUGUUCAAUUAAGUCCAUUUGGUGAAGAACAAUGGAAUCGUAUAGUAACAUAUUCACCAAUUUAUGUACAUUGGACGGAUAUGUUAAUGAUGACUCAACAACGAACACAUAAACCUUUAUCGGGAAAAUUAAAUGUAAUGAGUCGUAUUGAUAUAAAUACUCUUAAAUUAGAAGAUGAAGUAUUACUUAAUGAAAUUCAUGAUAUAAGAAAAUCAGCUGCUAAUCCAUCAAAAGAAAAACCUGCAAAUCAGGAAUCAACAGUUAUUGAUGAUACACAAAAUCAUCGAGAUGCAUUAUCAACUACAGAAGAGUAUCAAGCAUCAUCAACAAAUUUCUCUCAUGAUUCAAAAGAACCUACAAAACAUCAUUCUAGUUAUGUAGAGUCAUUUAUAGAACAACAAUAUAAAAGCAAGCAUCCUGUUUUAUCAAACCAGACUAUCCCUCUGCGAGCUAAUGGUGAUAAUCAAGUGAAAAAACUAGCUCAAAUUAAUUUCGGUACAAAAUAUUCAUCUCCAAUAAUCACUCAACUUCGACAAUCAGCAAUUACUCGUGAAAAUUCUUUCUUGACGGCAAAUGAUAAUCGCAGUUCUAGUCCUUUAUCAAUUUCUUCAUCAAAACGAAAUGUUGUUAGUGCUCAUGCAAAUCAUACUUAUCGUCAACAACGAAAAUCUCUAGCAUCAAAAUCAUCAUUAUCAAAUGAUAUGAAUACAACGAGUAGUCUUCAUGAACAAUUAACUGGAGAAUCAUUCUCGUCUUUCAAAGGAGCACGUGCAAGAAGUACUACUAGUAGUCGUUCAACAAUGCGUAUGCUUAAAACAAAAAAUGAUCGUCAACGACAAAAACAACAUAUUGAAUUAAAAACACUUUUAGUUGAACCAUAUAAAAAAAUACCAUGGAAUGAUGGAACAUUAGAUGAAUCAAUUCCAAAUUCACUUGAAAUAAUGCAUCAAAUGUGUGGACCAGGAACUCCAUUUGAACGAAAUUUAAGAUAUAAUUAUCACAGACAAUUAAAUCAGUUAAGAAAUGGUUCAACAAAAUCUUAA